CCUCACCCAACCACCCAUCCACACCAUCAACCCACACACACAUACACACCAUCAUACUAACCACAAUGUCCCCUCCCCACCUCCCAACCACAACCACCAUCAUAACAACCCUCACCACCCUCCUCCUCCUCCUCACCUCCUUCUCCCUAACAACCUACACCCUAACGACCUACCUCCACCUCGCGCACACCGCAACAUCCCUCGUGCCGAAGGUCAUCAUCCACGACACCGCCAUCAUCGCCACAACAUCCUACCAUAUCUUCACGACGAUCCUGACCUACCUCACAUUCAUCACGAUCUACUUCCUCUUCCCCAGAUUCUUCACAACGUCAAACAGCAGCAACAGCAGCAACCCCUCAUGGAUCCAAAAGGCACUAACAUCCCUCGCAACCCUCCUUCUCACGACAAGUCUCCUCGCCUUCACGGUCAUCCUGGCUACCAGAAAGAUGUCCUUUGGGGACGUGGGCCCGCGUGUUACUGUCUAUUUAGAUGAGAGUUUGGGUGAGGAAAGUCUGGUUUAUGGGGAUGAUGGGAGGGGGGUUGCGGGUGUUGUUUUGGGGUGGGUGGGUUGGUUUGGUGCAGCGGUUUUGUGUGGGUUUAUGUUUGUUGGAGAGAAGAAGGAAGAAAAGAAGGGAGAUGGGAUGCGGGUGGAGAAGGGGGAGGUGGAGGAGAGUACUAGUACGGAGAGUGUGUGAAUAUGUUUUGUGGAUAUUAGGGAUUGAUGGGUGAGGUUGUGUGUGGGUGGUGUGAUACUUUAAUGAGGUGAUGGGUUAUGAGUGAUGUUGUAUGUCUUACUUAGUAUGAUAGUAUCAAAAUAUAUUAUGUCAAUCAAUA